AUGGGGAAAGACACUAUUGCUGAUAUAAUAACCUCUAUACGAAAUGCUGACAUGAAUAGAAAAGGAACGGUUCGGAUAGGAUCGACUAACAUCACCGAAAGUAUUGUUAAAAUCCUUUUACGAGAGGGUUUUAUCGAAAACGUAAGGAAACAUCGCGAAAGCAACCAAUAUUUUUUGAUUUUAACCCUAAGACACAGACGAAAUAAGAAAGAAUCCUAUAAAACGAUUUUAAAUUUAAAGAGAAUAAGUCGGCCGGGUCUACGAAUCUAUUCUAACUCUCAACGAAUUCCACGAAUUUUAGGCGGAAUAGGAAUUGUAAUCCUUUCGACUUCUCAAGGUAUAAUGACAGACCGAGAAGCUCGACUAAAAAGAAUCGGCGGAGAAAUUUUGUGUUAUAUAUGGUAA